AUACAUCCGCUUCAUCUCAUUCGCGAACCAACCCCAUCUCUCAUGGACCCAAAACGCAUUGAUUUUGAGUGAGUUUUGGCAAUUCAAAGUGCGGCCCGAUCUUUAUCCACUGCAUGUGCCACAAAACCCAACUCCUGCUUUGCUUUUACCAAAUUUGAAGAAUCCGUGUGCGAUUUUCGGGAAUAUUAUGUGUCCUCUUUACUGAUGGCUCCUCAGCUUCAUCCGUAGUAUUCUCGCUUUUCCCUCGCUGUGGCUAAUGGGUCCAAUCAGAGGGUCGAGAAAGAAGAAGAAAUUAGAGAGAAAGCUCGAUGCCAAUGCCAGUACUGCUUCAGAUUCCUCUGAAAAGGACGACGCCCUUGAUUGGUGGGACGAUUUCUCUAGAAGAACCAUUGGUCUUCAUUCUGAAUUAGAAGGGUUGGAUGGAUUCAAAUCAAUUUUCAAGGUCUCGAGAAAGACUUUUGAUUACAUAUGUUUGCUUGUCAAAGACGACAUGACAGCGGAAUCCAGUAAUUUUACGUUUUUAAAUGGUCGGCCAUUAUCUCUAUAUGAUCAAGUAGCUGUAGCUUUAAGAAGGCUGGGUUCGGGUGAUUCAUUAGUGACGAUCGGGUAUUCGUUCGGAUUGAACCACUCGACUGUAUCUCAAGUCACAUGGCGGUUUGUGGAGUCGAUGGAAGUAAGGGGACUCCGCCAUCUUCACUGGCCUUCAACCGAAGAAGAAAUGGCUCAAGUGAAACUAAAAUUUGAGAAAAUACAAGGCCUCCCAAACUGUUGUGGUUCAAUCGACACCACUCACAUCACAAUGUGUCUGCCUGUUUUGGAUCCUACAAGCAAUGUAUGGCUUGAUGCAGAGAAAAACCACAGCAUGGUCUUACAAGUGAUCGUCGACGCCGAAAUGAGGUUUCGAGACAUAGUAACUGGAUUGCCUGGAAAAAUGUCGGAUUGGUUAGUUUUUCAGAGUUCGAACUUCCACAAGCUCUGCGAAAAGGGGGAGAGACUGAACGGGAAGCGGUUAGAGUUCAUCAACAGGUCGGAAAUCAGAGAAUACAUAAUUGGAGAUUCGGGCUAUCCCUUACUUCCCUAUCUUGUCACUCCCUAUGAUGGAAAAGAACUCCAACCAUCAAAAGCCGAGUUUAACAAGCGACACACAGAGACUCGGUUGGUGGUGCAACGAGCCUUAGCUAGCUUAAAAGAGCGAUGGAGGAUCAUUCAGGGAGUGAUGUGGAGACCCGAUAAACAUCGGUUGCCAAGGAUCAUUCUAGUCUGCUGCUUGCUUCAUAACAUUAUCAUUGAUGUCGGAGACGAGAUGGAGGAUGGCAACGUUCCGAUGUCUAUGGAACACGACGCUGAUUACAAACAACAGAUUUGUGAUGUUUAUGACUCAAAGGGUGCAUAUCUGAGAGAUAAAUUGUCUUUGCUCUUCAUCUAAAAACUAAAGCUUCCUUACCAUCUUGACUAUUCUUUUACAUUUUACAAAGUUUAUAUAAUGAAGUUAAGCUGUGCCUCUUGUACAUACCAAUUAAUGCUUUAAUAGAGUAGUGAUUGAUGCGUUUA